AUAGCACUGAACUAACUCACCAUUCGUCACUCGAACGGCGCUCACAAACCCUAAUUAGGGUUUUCUCCUACAGUGAAUUUAGAAGGUAAAAGAGAAGUGCUUGAGACAUGAGUAAGCUUCAGAGUGAUGCCCUAAGAGAAGCAAUCUCUGUAAUUAAGAAUGAUUGCAAUGAAAAGAAGAGGAAGUUCACAGAGACAAUUGAGCUCCAGAUUGGGCUUAAGAACUAUGAUCCCCAAAAGGACAAGCGUUUCAGUGGAUCUGUGAAACUGCCUCACAUUCCUCGUCCUAAGAUGAAGAUUUGCAUGCUCGGAGAUGCUCAACAUGUGGAGGAGGCCGAAAAGAUCGGGUUGGAGUACAUGGAUGUGGAAAGCCUCAAGAAGCUUAAUAAGAACAAGAAGCUAGUUAAGAAGCUUGCCAAGAAGUACCAUGCUUUCUUGGCCUCGGAAUCUGUCAUCAAGCAGAUUCCUCGUCUCUUGGGUCCCGGUCUGAACAAGGCUGGUAAAUUUCCUAGCCUUGUUUCCCACCAGGAGUCACUUGAGUCUAAGGUUAAUGAAACCAAGGCUACAAUUAAGUUCCAAUUGAAGAAGGUGCUUUGCAUGGGUGUUGCUGUUGGAAAUCUUGAUAUGGAGGAGAAACAAAUAUUCCAGAAUGUGCAAAUGAGUGUGAACUUCCUUGUCUCAUUGCUAAAGAAGAAUUGGCAAAAUGUGAGGUGCUUGUACUUGAAGAGCACAAUGGGGAAGACACAGCGCGUCUUUUAAGAUGGUUGUCUAAAUGUUGCAACUUUUUGGGCAUUUUGCUUGUAAGAGUUACUGAUGAAAAUUUUGAAUAGUCUAUCAUCCUGGAUAAUGGUUUUAAUGUAAUAUCAUUAUAGGGAUUGUUUUGCCAGACAUUUCCUUUUUAAGAGAUGUUAGUAAUGUUAAUUUUUCUCUUAUUUUUAUGAACGAGGAUUUCUUUUGCAUGA